AGUAGAAAAAGGCGAAAUCGCGACGAUCGGACGGUUUUAUGCUUUUCUGACUUCGCAAGUUCUCAUCGGUCGGGGAGAGAGAGAGAAAUCAGCGCGAUCGAUAGCGAUUACUAGUUGGAGAGUUCGUCUUCUUCAUCUGAUCCUCUCCGUGUCCGCGUUGCACGAGCUGUUCGACUCUCGGCAUUGUUGGUCUUGUUUCUCCUCUCUGAAAGAUGCAUUUCUAGGGUUUCGAUUGUUACUGGUUAAACAGAGAUGGAUUUGGCGUCCCGUUACAAGGGGGUUGUUGGGCAAUUCUUCAGCAAUGAUAAUUCAUCUUCAAAUGACGACGGUUACGUUCAACGCUUGCUGGAUCGUGUGAGUAAUGGUACCUUACCGGAGGAUAGGAGGACUGCUAUAACAGAGCUUCUGUCUGUUGUAGGAGAAAGCCAUGCUGCUCAAUUAGCUUUUGGAGCUUCUGGUUUUCCUGUAAUACUGGGAAUUCUAAAGGAUGAACGAGAUGAUGUUGAAAUGGUUCGAGGUGCUCUAGAAACUCUAGUUAGUGCUCUGACACCAAUUGAUCAUGCAAAGGGGCAGAAGGCUGAAGUUCGUCCAGCUCUUAUGAACUCUGAUUUGCUCUCUCGAGAAGCUGAAAGCAUCACACUUCUCUUGAGCUUGCUGGAAGAAGAAGAUUUCUAUGUUCGAUAUUACACACUUCAGGUUUUGACAGCACUUCUUAUGAACUCUCCAAACAGGUUACAGGAAGCUAUUUUGACCAUUCCUCGUGGUAUAACUCGACUCAUGGAUAUGCUUAUGGAUAGGGAGGUGAUCCGGAAUGAGGCUUUGUUACUUCUUACACACUUGACUCGUGAAGCAAAGGAGAUCCAAAAAAUUGUUGUCUUUGAAGGCGCAUUUGAAAAGAUAUUCAGUAUUGUCAGGGAGGAGGGUGGUUCAGAUGGUGGUGUUGUCGUGCAGGAUUGUCUGGUGUUGCUGAAUAAUCUUCUUCGCAACAAUUCAUCACACCAGAUACUGCUAAGGGAGACCAUGGGUUUUGACCAAAUUGUUUCAAUUCUGAAACUGCGUGGAGUUACAUAUAAGUUCACCCAGCAAAAGACUGUUAAUCUGCUCAGUGCAUUGGAGACUAUCAGUUUGCUGAUUAUGGGAAGUUCAGAUGCUGACCCUGGAAACGAUGCAGACAAGCUUACAAACAGAACAGUCUUAGUUCAGAAGAAACUGUUGGACCACCUGCUGAUGUUGGGGGUUGAAAGCCAAUGGGCUCCUGUUGCUGUUCGCUGCAUGGCAUUUAGAUGUACUGGAGAUCUGAUUUAUGGGCAUCCCAAGAACCGUGAGGUCCUUGCUAGCAAAGUUCUUGCCGAAGAUCCGCAAGUAGAACCUGCUCUCAAUUCUAUACUCCGGAUCACUUUAAGGACUUCCAGUUUGCAAGAGUUUGUAGCAGCUGAUUAUGUUUUCAAGGCUUUCUGCGAGAAAAAUCCAGAUGGCCAAGCAAUGCUAGCAUCAACUUUAAUACCAUUACCACAUUCUGCUGCCCAGGAUCCUCUUGAAGAUGAUGUUAACAUUUCAUUUGGAAGUAUGCUAUUACAUGGUCUUUGUUCUGGUGAAACUGAUGGUGAUCUCGAGACAUGUUGCAGAGCUGCAAGCGUUCUUUCUCAUGUGCUGAAGGACAACACCCCAUGCAAGGGAAAGGCUCUACAAAUUGUACUUGAAUCAUCUAUGCCUUCCUUGGGAACUCCCGAGCAUCUAAUGCACAGGAUUGUGAAGUUCCUGGCUAUCUCCUCUUCCAUGAAAAACAAAGAUGUGAAAUUAAGUGCAAUGGGAAAAUCGUAUAUUCAACAAAUCAUUCUGAAGCUGCUGGUCACUUGGAAUGCGGAUUGCCCGGCAGCAGUACAGUGCUUUCUAGAUUCACGUCCGCACCUAACCUAUCUACUCGAAUUGGUAUCAGACCAAGCGGCAACAGUGUGCACAAGGGGUUUGGCAGCUAUUCUGUUGGGAGAAUGUGUGGUUUACAAUAAAUUAAAUGAAAAUGGUAAAGACGCUUUUGCUAUUGUUGAUGCCAUAAGCCAGAAGAUGGGUCUCACAUCAUAUUUUUCGAAGUUUGAAGAGAUGCAGCAAAGUUUCCUCUUCUCAUCCGAGAAGCCGUUACAGGCUCAUAGUACGGAUGAGAUUGGGGAUGUGGAUGAAGCAGAUAAGAGAAACGAGGAUCACCCGAUACUUUCGUCGCUCUUUGAUGCUAGUUUUUUAGGCUUGGUGAAGAGUCUCGAAGGUAACAUCAGGGAGAGAAUUGUAGAUUUGUAUAGUCGACCGAAAAGCGAGGUGGCUGUAGUACCAGCCGAAUUGGAGCAAAAGACUGGAGAAAAUGAGAAAGACUACAUCUGUCGCUUGAAAGCCUUCAUAGAGAAACAAUGCUCUGAGAUACAGAGCCUUCUCGCUAGGAACUCUUCUUUGGCAGAGGACCUGGCAAAGGCUGGAGGGAGUGAACAUUCCCAAGGAUCGGAGCAGAGGGAAAGUACGGUGAUGGAUAGGUUCCAGAUGGAUACUCUGAGGAGAGAUCUCCAAGAAACAUCUCAGCGUCUAGAGACGCUCAAGUUAGAGAAAGCCAAGAUUGAAUCCGAGGCAUCCUCCUACAAAAACAUGGCCUCAAAACUCGAGUCAGAUCUAAAGAGCCUAUCGGACGCAUACAACAGCCUUGAACAGGCGAAUUACCAUCUCGAGAACGAGGUGAAGGCUCUGAAAGGCGGGGAGGAGCCGACGAUGAGGGCGUUCCCAGAUAUCGAAGCCAUAAAGGAAGAAGUGAGAGAAGAGAGCGAGGCCGAGCUUAACGAUUUGUUGGUGUGUCUCGGGCAGGAGCAGAGUAAGGUCGAGAAGCUCACCGCAAGGCUCAUAGAACUCGGAGAGGAUGUCGGAAAGCUUCUCGAGGAUAUUGGGGACGAGACAGAGGUUGUUUCAGAAGAAGAGGAAGAAGAGUGAUUUAAGUUAAUUUGGCAGCGAUAUUCUGCUGUCACCCUCUCAGGUAAUGAAAAGAAAGUUCGAAAGACUUCAAUAACAUGUUUCUUUCUUCUCGUUUGGUCUCUGCUUGGUACAUUUUGUUGUACAGUUUGGUAAUGACCCUGCAAAAUUCAAUGCAGUCAUUUGUCUGUGUUUU